CUCAGCUGAAGUUUGAAGAGAGAAGGAAGCAUGAGAGAGAGAAUUCAGGCAGGGUUUGUGCGUUUGUCCGGGGAGGUUUUUUUGAAAACGGACAUUUAUUCAGAAGACAAAACUGGAUUAUCCUUCUGAAAGAGAAGAUUCAACGAUGGAGCCUGUCCAUAUUAAAGAGGAGAGUCCUGUACUAGAAUCAGUCCAUAUUAAAGAGGAGAGUCCUGUACUAGAAUCAGUCCAUAUUAAACAGGAGAGUCCUGAACUAGAAUCAGUCCAUAUUAAACAGGAGAGUCAUGCACUAGAAUCAGUCCAUAUUAAACAGGAGAGUCCUGAACUAGAAUCAGUCCAUAUUAAACAGGAGAGUCCUGAACUAGAAUCAGUCCAUAUUAAACAGGAGAGUCCUGAACUAGAAUCAGUCCAUAUUAAACUGGAGAGUCCUGUACUAGAAUCAGUCCAUAUUAAAGAGGAGAGUCCUGUACUAGAAUCAGUCCAUAUUAAAGAGGAGAGUCCUGCACUAGAAUCAGUCCAUAUUAAAGAGGAGAGUCCUGCACUAGAAUCAGUCCAUAUUGAAGAGGAGAGUCCUGUACUAGAAUCAGUCCAUAUUAAACAGGAGAGUCCUGAACUAGAAUCAGUCCAUAUUAAAGAGGAGCUUCCUGAACUAGACCCUGUCCAUGUAAAAGAGGAGGGUCACCAUUUUAAAACAAGCAGCUUGCAGGGCUCUCUGUCCUGUACAGAAUGUGGAAAGAGUUUCAGUCAGUUACAAAACCUGAAACGUCACCAGCUAAUCCACACUAGAGAGAAACGGCAUGUCUGUGCUGACUGUGGGAGGAGUUUCAGUCAGUUACAAAACCUGAAACGUCACCAGCGAAUCCACACUGGAGAGAAACCAUAUGUCUGUGCUGACUGUGGGAAGAGUUUCAGUCAGUUACAAAACCUGAAACUUCACCAGCGAAUCCACACAGGAGAGAAACCACAUGUCUGUGCUGUCUGUGGGAAGAGUUUCAGACUGUCAGGCGACUUGAACACCCACCAUAGAAUUCACACUGGAGAGAAACCAUAUCCGUGUAGUAGAUGUGGGAAGAGUUUCAGACGGUUAGGAAAGCUUAAAACCCACCAGCUAAUCCACAGUGGAGAGAAACCACAUGUCUGUGCUGACUGUGGAAAGAGUUUCAGUCAGUUAAAACACCUGAAACUUCACCAGCAAAUGCGCACUGGAGAAAAACCGUAUGCCUGUGCUGACUGUGGGAAGAGUUUCAGUGAGUCAGGCACAUUGAGAAAACACCAGCAAACCCACUCAGGAGAGAAACCGUAUGUGUGUGCUGACUGUGGGAAGAGUUUCAAUCAGUCAGGCUAUUUGACAAAACAUCGUCGAAUUCACAGUGGAGAGAAACCAUAUGACUGUUCUGACUGUGGGAAGAUUUUCAGAGAUUUAAAAAGCCUGAAACUUCACCAGCGAAUCCAUACUGGAGAGAAACCUCAUGUCUGUGCUGACUGUGGGAAGAGCUUCAAACAGUCAGGCGACUUCAAAAGCCACCAGAGAAACUGCAUCCAUGUAGUAGAUGUGGGAAGAGUUUCAUUCAGUUAACAAAUCUUAAAACCCACCAGUUAAUUCACAAAGGAGAGAAGCCACAUCACUGUAAUGACUGUGGGAAGAGUUUCAGACACUUAACAAACCUGAACGUUCACCAGCGAAUCCACACAGGAGAGGAACCAAUUGUCUGUGCUGACUGUGGGAAGAGCUUCAGAUGGAUAUACGACUUGAAAAGGCACCAAACCCGCUGUUUAUUGUGAGAGGUGUGUAAUUCUCCACCGCUAAUUGCGGUGAGGGGUAUUUAAAUUGUUUGAUUGCGGAAGCGCCUGCUUUAUCUAAUUAGUCUUAGAAAAUAGGUUGUUGUUUUGACGCUGAGUGCGGCCGUACUGAACACACACGUUAUGUGGCUUUUUGCCGUUGGUUUUUCCGCUUUAUCAAUUUGGCCUGAAUGUUUGAGUUAAUAGAACUCGUCAUUUCUUUGUUCCUUAUUUUAAAAGUGAAUCGAAAAACAUUUGAGAUUAAAAAUACAAACAAUUGCACUUUGAACAAUUGAAACAAGAAUUUAACUGAACUGAUGCUGUUGUGUGCAUUUGAAAAUAACAACUGCGUCCGACCAUUGAAACACUGAUUGAGUUUAUCUAAAAGUUCUGAAGUAACUCUAGAUUACAGCUUCAUACUAAAUGCAAUUGAAGCUGCUUCCCAACUGAACUUGUUGAAACAAAAAUGUCGUCUUCAUUCCAACCCACACAACAGACGCUGCUUCACCCCGUCACUGUGUGUGAUGUGCGUGAAUCCUGCGUGUGCGUGUACGGAAACACACUGAGGAGAGCGUGCUUAUGAAAAUAUGUGUUUCAGUGUUUGAUUCCUGCUAUACUUAUAAUUCUGAUACCUUGAUUUCUAACUUCUGUAUUCUUAUUAGUUUUGUGAGUCUUAAUAAAUGUAAUCAUUUUCAUGUGUUGAGUUUCUUCUUGCCUGUUAUGAGUACUUCUUCUGGGUGUCUGUGUUAGUUUACUACAUUCUGAAAAGAGUUUAGAAUACAAUAAAGCCAGUAAUUUAAGCAAUGUUCUGCCUGCCUAGAACUAGAAUGGGGAAUGUAAACUAACUGGAGAGUCAUCAAUCUAGUUUCUGCUGAACUAGCUCUGCACAGAAGGCUGAACUCUGGGAGAAUGUAGCAAACAUUCACUCAGGAAUAAUAUUGUAGUUUCUGUAGAAGCUCUUAUCCAAUUGUAGAUUCAGUGGUUUCCCACGAUUGAUUAGA